AUGGAGCCCAGUGUCCUGCUCCUUCUUGCCCUCCUCCUGGGCUUCUUGCUACUCUUAUUCAGGGGUCACCCAAAGACCCAUGGCCACCUGCCACCAGGGCCUCGUCCCCUCCCCAUCUUGGGGAACCUCUUACAGAUGGACAGAGGCGGCCUCCUCAACUCCAUCAUGCAGGUGAGACAUAGGUGGGGAGAUAUAAUAUGUGUUCACCUGGGACCAAGGUCCGUGGUCAUGUUGUGCGGGACAGAGGCCAUUAGGGAAGCUCUGGUGGACCAAGCUGAGGCUUUCUCUGGCCGGGGGACAAUCGCUGUGGCUGAGCCAAUUGUACAGGGAAAUGGUCUGGUCUUUGCCAAUGGAGAACAUUGGAAGACCCUUCGGAGAUUUUCUCUGGCCACCAUGAAAGACUUUGGGAUGGGGAGGAGGAGUGUGGAGGAGCGGAUAAAGGAGGAGGCCCAGUGUCUGGUGGAGGAACUGAGGAAAGCUCAUGGAGCACCCUUGGAUCCCACGUUUCUCUUCCAGUGCAUCACAACCAACAUCAUCUGCUCCAUUGUCUUUGGAGAGCGCUUUGACUACAAAGACCACCAGUUCCUGCGCCUGCUGGACCUGCUGUAUCAGACCAUUUCAUUCAUGAGCUCAUUCUCCAGCCAGAUAUUUGAGCUCUUCUCUGGCUUUCUGAAGUUCUUUCCUGGUCCCCACAGACAAAUCUACAAAAACAUGCAGGAAGCCCUCAUUUACAUUGACCAUAGUGUAGAGCAGCAUAGAGCAACCUUGGACCCCAGUGCUCCACGAGACUUCAUCGAUACCUACCUUCUACACAUGGAGAAGGAGAAGUCCAACCAACACACAGAGUUCCACCUCCAGAACCUCGUCAUCUCCCUGCUCUCUCUCUUCUUUGCUGGCACCGAGACCAGCAGCACCACACUCCGCUAUGGCUUCCUGCUCAUGCUCAAGUUCCCCCAUGUAGCAGAGAAAGUCCAAAAGGAGAUCGAUCAGGUGAUCGGCUCACACCGCCUACCAACCCUUGAUGACCGCAUCAAAAUGCCAUACACCGAGGCAGUCAUCCACGAGAUUCAGAGAUUUUCAGACAUUAUUCCACUUGGUCUGCCGCAUAGAGUCACCAAAGACACAGAGUUUCGAGGGUACCUGCUCCCCAAGAACACUGAAGUGUACCCCAUCCUGAGUUCAGCUCUCCAUGACCCACGGUACUUUGAACAGCCAGACACCUUCAAUCCUGACCACUUCCUGGAUGCCAAUGGGGCACUGAAGAAAAAUGAAGCUUUUAUGCCCUUCUCCAUAGGUGAGAAAGACCUGUGGUUCCAUUCCUAGACACCAGAGGGCAGGCCCAGCCUCCAGGACACAAACAGAAAUAGGUCCCUGUUACCUGAGUCUAUUCCAGGUGCAUUGUCUGAAUCACCCCAUUCACCCUGGCUAGAGCCCCAUGAGAGGACUCUUGAAGUAAAAGAGAACCAU